AGGGUUGUAAAAGCUGAUCUAGCUUACAAAUGUAACUAUGCCAAACACCGUAGUCAAACCAUUGGAUGCUAAUAAACUCAUGGCUAUCCUAUUGUUUGUACGUACCUCCAGAACACCAAGGGCCGAUGUUGCCUCCCCUUCCACCUUUUUUUAUAAACCCCCCAUGUGCUUCAUUUUCCUUCACCACUUUCAUACUUCUUCCUCUCUUCUUCUUUGCUACCUUUCGUAGCGUGCAUUGUUGUUCUUUUCAACAAGUUUUCCUCUUUCGUGUUCUUCUUCUUGAGAAUUGAGAUCGAAUAAGGAACUUGACGUCUCAGUGGUUUAUGCAAACCAUUGGCAACUGCCAUACGUUGUUUCCCUCUCUUGGCAUCAGGUAGCGCCAAUGUCAACGGCCCAGAGCCCAACGACCGCCGUGGUGGCGGCGGCGGCGGUGGAGAAGAGCAAGCACUGGGCGCCGCACGGCCCGGCGCUAACGGCCUGCCUCGUCAGCAUCAACCUGCUGAUGAUCCUCCUCAUCUUCUUCUACUUCUGGCGGUUCUUCUCCGGGAAGCGAGGUCCCUCGUCUCCCGGAGGCGUAAACGACGAGGAGGCGGCGUCGUCGGCCGACAGUUCGCCAGCGACCUCCCCGAGAGGGUCCAGGCGCCUGAGCGAUCCUGGCCAGCUGCCCGUGUCCGUGUACGACUCGAGCAGCAGCGACGACGCCGCCGGCGGGAAGGCGGAGUGCGCGGUGUGCAUCGUGGAGUUCCGGGACGGCGACCUAGUGCGCCUCUUGCCUCGCUGCGGGCACCGGUUCCACGCGGCGUGCGUCGACGCGUGGCUGCGGCUCCACUCUACGUGCCCGCUCUGCCGCGCUGACGUCGUUGCCCCGGCGCCCGCCGCCGCCGACGCCAAGAACGACGACCCCAAGGACGACGGCGGUGCAGAGUCCCCUGUGUGAGCUGGGCGGAUGAGAUCCACGCCAAUGCAGAGGAGGGGAGGAGCACGUAACGGCGGAAGGCGACAAGAUUCCUGAUCGGCGUCGCUGUCCGUUAGCUGACUCGCUUAGAAGUCGGCGAGGUACGGUUGGCUUCGGCGCCUCCUGUUUUGCCGUGUUGAUCCUGCUAUAAACAUUUCUUUUCAGUUUUGGCCUUUUUGAGGGUCUCGCCGAGGUAGUACAUAUUUAGACCAGAUUCUUAUAUUUGAUGCGCGGAUGAUUAAAAUUGCAAGAUUAGCAACAGACUUGGCAUCUGCGUAAAAGCAGAAUUGGUUUUGUAAUUAAGUUUGUCUGUAAUUAACAGUACGGAGUACUAGAAAUUUUGAUCAA